GAAAUAUUGCUCUGCCGUCAAGCUCAACAAGAGCAUUUUUGCCAAGAAAUUGAAAUAUUUAAAAAUUAAGGUAGUCUGCCCAAAAGUAGUGAAUUGUACGCCCUGUGCCCGUAUAUUGAUGAAGAUGCAUUACUUCGUGUUUAUGGCCGUCUGGACGCAGCUAGCUGGUUACCAUUGAAUAUAAGGCGUCCGAUUAUAUCACCGUCGUUCCAUCCUGUUACCGAGUUGUUUGUGGCCCAUGUACACGAAAAGAUGAAACACCAAAAUAUUGAAUCCACAAUAUGUGAAAUUAGAAGAUUAUUUUGGAUUCCUCGCCUUAGAAAAAUUUUGCGUAAGCGUGUUUCUAAUUGUUUUAUUUGCAGAUUUCGUGGUACAUUGCCGAUGCCACCACUUAUGGACAGGUUGACUCCAUAUAUUCCUUUUCCUACACUGGUUUGGAUUACUUUGGCCCUCUGACUAUUACAAUUGGUCAUCGCCAUGAAAAACGCUGGGUGGCUUUAUUUACUUGCCUAACCAUAAGAGCCAUCCAUUUAGAAGUUGCUUUUGAUAUGUCCACCGAUGCGUGUACUCUUGCCAUACGCAAUUUUGUAAAUAGACGUGGCCUUCCAACAAGACUCAGGAGCGACAAUGGCACAAAUUUUGUUGGUGCUGAUCAAGUAGCCAAGCGGUUGAGUGAAGUAUUUGAUGUGGCCCAAAUUCAAGAUGAAUGCUCAUCGAGAGGUAUAGACUGGCAGUUUAAUUGUCCCUAUAAUCCUGCAGAAGUGGUAUAUGGGAACGUAUGGUCCAGUGCGUCAAGCGUGUGUUGCAGUCAACCCUUAAAGAAUCGGCCCCUCGUGAACACGCUUUGCAAAGUUUCCUGAUUAAAGCUGAAAAUAUAGUAGAUUCUCGUCCCUUAACACAUUUGUCAUUGAGCCACGAAGAUGAGGAACCACUAACGCCGAAUAAUUUUUUGCUCGGUUGCCCUAAUACAUCACAAACUCCUACCGGAGAAAUAAAUAAUCAUCCAGUUGCUCUAAGAAAUCAUUGGCGCAUAUCCCGUCAAUUGCGUGACCACUUCUGGAAGCGUGGAUUAAAGAAUAUUUGCCCACAUUGACUAGACGUUCUAAAUGGUGUGAACGCACAAAACCCAUUACUGUUGGUGAUUUGGUUCUAAUUUGUGAUCCAACUGUGCACAGUGGGGCAGAAUAGAAAUUUUUUGGAAAUAAAU